AUGUCGAAUACCGAGAAGGACAAAGCUGCGCCCGGGGAAGUCGAGGAUGAUGAUGAGCCUGAUGAAUGGGACAAGCGGAUCUUCAGUACCGGAUGUGCUGAUGAAAACACCACCCUGAACGACUGCUUCCGGGACAAGAAGGACUGGAGAGCUUGCAAAGACGAGAUGGAGGCUUUCAAGCAGUGUUGGAAGCGGCAAGGCAAUGACCAGAGGACCGACUCGAAAGAUGUUUGA